CACAGAGUCAUUUGCUCAUCCAGCCUUCUGUCAGGUCGGAAGGACAAGACCGAGCGGGAGGCGCAGAGAAAGAGGAGCAACAGCGGCCCUUAGAAAAGAGAUUUGCCUUAAAUCAGUUUCGCUUUGCAGGGUAGAAGAGCUAAGUUACCGGGGGCAAGAUGAUGACCCAGAUAGAGACAACGGUGCACUAUGACAACGGGUACGAGGAGGAAUACAUGCUACAGGAAGAGGAAUGGGACAGGGACAUGCUGCUGGACCCUGCCUGGGAGCAACAGCAGAGGAAAACAUUCACAGCAUGGUGUAAUUCUCACCUGAGGAAGGCUGGGACCCAGAUUGAAAACAUUGAGGAGGACUUCAGAAAUGGAUUAAAACUCAUGCUGCUCCUGGAAGUCAUCUCAGGAGAGAGGUUACCUAAGCCAGACAGAGGGAAGAUGCGGUUUCACAAGAUUGCUAAUGUCAACAAAGCACUGGAAUUCAUCACAAGUAAAGGGGUCAAAUUGGUCUCCAUUGGAGCAGAAGAGAUCGUGGAUGGGAAUGUAAAGAUGACUCUUGGAAUGAUCUGGACCAUCAUUCUCCGCUUUGCUAUUCAGGACAUAUCUGUGGAAGAAACGUCUGCCAAGGAAGGUCUUCUCCUGUGGUGUCAAAGAAAGACCGCCCCCUACAGGAAUGUUAAUGUCCAAAACUUCCAUGUCAGCUGGAAGGACGGCCUGGCUUUCUGCGCCCUGAUUCAUAGGCACAGACCCGACCUGCUCGACUUCUCUAAGCUCAACAAGGACGAUCCUCUGGGGAACCUGAACCUGGCUUUUGACAUAGCCGAAAAACACCUGGACAUUCCUAAAAUGCUGGACGCAGAAGAUAUCAUCAACACCCCCAAGCCCGACGAGAGAGCCAUCAUGACCUACGUGUCCUGCUUUUACCACGCUUUCGCUGGAGCUGAGCAGGCAGAGACGGCGGCCAACAGGAUCUGCAAGGUGCUCGGUGUUAACCAAGAGAAUGAGAAAAUGAUGGAGGAGUAUGAAAGACUGGCCAGUGAGCUGCUGGAGUGGAUCCGCCGUACCACUCCCUGGCUUGAGAACCGGACCCCGGAAAAAACCAUGGCGGAGAUGCAACGCAAGCUGGAGGACUUCAGGGACUACAGGCGCCAGCACAAACCCCCGAAGGUUCAGGAGAAGUGCCAGCUGGAGAUCAACUUCAACACCCUUCAGACCAAGCUCCGCAUCAGCAAUCGUCCCGCUUUUAUGCCCUCUGAGGGGAAGAUGGUUUCUGAUAUAGCCAGUGCCUGGCAGGGCCUGGAGCAGGCAGAGAAGGGCUUCGAGGAGUGGCUCCUGACAGAAAUCCGGAGACUUGAGAGGCUGGACCACCUGGCUGAAAAGUUUCGCCAGAAAGCCACCAACCAUGAGAACUGGGCCAGUGGUAAAGAGCUGAUCCUCACCCAGAAGGACUACGAGACGGCCACCUUGACAGAGGUCAGAGCGUUGCUUCGAAAACACGAGGCUUUCGAGAGUGAUCUGGCCGCCCACCAGGACAGAGUGGAGCAGAUUGCUGCCAUUGCACAGGAACUGAAUGAGCUGGAUUACCAUGACAUUGCCUCUGUAAACCAACGUUGCCAGAGCAUCUGUGAUUUGUGGGAUAAAUUGGGAACUUUGACUCAGAAGAGGAGGGAGGCACUAGAGCGCACAGAGAAGCUGCUGGAAACUAUUGACCAGUUGUUCCUGGAGUUUGCCAAAAGGUCGGCUCCUUUCAACAACUGGAUGGAAGGAGCCAUGGAGGAUCUGCAGGACAUGUUCAUAGUGCACACCAUCGAGGAGGUCCAGAGCCUAAUUGCUGCUCACGAGCAGUUCAAAGCCACCAUGCCUGAGGCAGACGCAGAGAGACAGGCCAUUUUAGGAAUCCACAAUGAGGUGCAAAAAAUUUCCCAGAGCUACGGGAUUAAGGCAAACAUUAUCAACCCUUACAGCACCAUUACGACGGAGGAGCUUCUCAACAAGUGGGAGAAGGUAAAGAAGCUGGUUCCUCAUAGAGAUGGAUCCCUCCAGGAAGAGAUGGCCCGCCAGCAUGCCCAUGAGAGGCUGAGACGUCAGUUUGCUGCCCAGGCCAAUCUGAUUGGACCCUGGAUUCAGGCCAGGAUGGAGGAAAUCGGGCGUUGCUCCCUGGAGAUUGGAGGCACGCUGGAGGACCAGAUGACCCAGCUGAAGCAAAUGGAGCAUGUGAUCAUUGUAUACAAGCCCAACAUCGACAAGCUGGAAGGAGACCACCAGCUAAUUCAAGAGUCGCUCAUUUUUGACAACAAACACACCCAUUACACCAUGGAGCACAUCCGUGUGGGAUGGGAGCUGCUCCUCACCACCAUCGCCCGAACCAUUAAUGAGAUUGAGACCCAGAUCCUGACUCGGGAUGCCAAGGGCAUCAGCCAGCAGCAGAUGAAUGAGUUCAGAUCUUCUUUCAAUCACUUUGACAGGAAGAAGAACGGAGCAAUGGAAACGGAUGACUUCAGAGCUUGCCUAAUCUCAAUGGGCUAUGACUUGGGAGAGGUCGAGUUCGCUCGCAUAAUGAUGCUGGUGGAUCCAAAUGCAACCGGGAUUGUCUCCUUCCAGUCUUUCAUUGACUUCAUGACCAGAGAGACGGCUGAUACGGACACCGCCGAGCAGGUGGUGGCAUCCUUCCGGAUCUUGGCAGCCGAUAAGCCCUACAUCCUUGUGGACGAGCUCAGGAGAGAGCUUCCUCCUGAACAGGCGGAGUAUUGCAUCAUGAGGAUGCCACCUUACAAAGGGCCUGGAGCUCCACCAGGAGCGCUAGACUACACUGCCUUCUCCACCGCCCUCUACGGAGAAAGUGACCUUUAACUUAUAAAGUAUACGUUUCAUUCAUUGAGCUAUUUUCACUCACUUUCACUCUUCCCACCCUGUAUCUUUUAAUUAACUUAACAUACAUUCUGCAUAGUGGAUCAGACAAGUUGGGUGACAUAAAAGUUUUCUUUAAGGUGUCAGUGCACUAAAAACCU